CAGGUCGUGAGUUUCUAUAUAGAAUUAAGUGCGCCCAACUUUUGCGUUUUAUGCCCUAAAUGAAUAUUACUGUUUCACUCGAGAAUUUUCGCGACCAGGAACUAAUCCAAUAUCCCAACGGCUACCUUUCGAUAUUUGAAUCUCGAAUUUUGCUAUCGACAAUAAUUGACCAAAGUCAAUAUGAUGGCUUAUUAUGCCCGCCGGAAGUUGCCUACUUCAUGUCUUUGCAGAGUCUCGGAGCUGAGGCGUCAAUUCACUUCAGCGUCUCCGCUGUUCUUCCAGGGAACAUCCUCAGUUUUGUCAAACCGUGUACCUAGCUCCGCACCAGAAGGUACUCGAUUGACUGGCUGCAAUGUAUUCAAAAACAAGGACGAACCUUUAGCCCUUGCCGACGAAGAGUAUCCGGAUUGGUUAUGGGAAAUCCUGGAUCCCGAGGCUCAGCAGAAGAAACUAGACGCAGAUCCCGAACGAAAAGCCAAGCGUGAAUGGCGGGCGAGAAUGCGUCGGAAAAUCAAAACGGACAAUUUCUUGAAGACAAUGUCUUGAUUCCGCUUAUAUAGGUUGCAAUGUCGGGCAAGCCUGUGAAAAGUUCGUUACACGCGACGUCUUUGCAGACACUUCCUUGGCUUACGUUCAAAUUAUGAUAUCGAUCGAGAGAGCGUUAUUAUAUUUUAACUUUUCAUGUAUUGUAAAUAUUAUUAUUGAUUUGUUUAGUGAUUCACAAAACAAAUAUCAAC